AUGGAAAGGGAGCAAAGAAUCCCCCUCUCAACUCGCAUUGCCUUGCUUGUCCAUGCCCACUUUGACGCUCUGCCCGCACGUUAUAAGCCACGUACCCGUGAUGAUGGCUCUAGAGAAUGGGUUCCAAUGAGUGGAUUUGUUGCUGUUCAAGGACAGGACACCCCGUCAGAAAAGUUGACUUGCGUAGCAAUUGCGACUGGGGCAAGAUGUCUCUCCGCAUCUCAAAUUCCAGAAUGUCGUGGCAUGGUCCUUCAUGACUGUCAUGCCGAAGUUCUAUCUAUUCGGGCCUUGAACUACUGGCUCAUUAACGAAUGCGCCACACUCAUCCAGCAGGAGCAGCAGGAUCCAGUCUCGUGUUCUAGUCAGACCAAUGAGAAGACGCCAUUCGUUCGAAGACGGGGGAAUAAAGGAUUAACUGGCAUGAACCCUCCAUUUGAAAUACAUCCUGAUGCAAAAAUUUACAUGUAUUUAACAUGUGCUCCAUGCGGUGAUUGCAGCAUGGAGCUUUGCAUGGCCGAGCAAGAGGACGCGACACCCUGGAUUGUUCCACCAACAGCCGACGUAAAGGACGACCAGCCAGUUCUCCUAGACGGCAGGGCUCAUUUUUCAAUUCUCGGCGUCGUUCGUCGGAAGCCAUGCCGAGCAGACGCAGAAUCUACCCUCAGCAAAUCAUGCUCGGAUAAAUUGGCUCUUCGACAAGUGACUUCACUUCUUUCGUAUCCCGCUAGUCUUCUUAUUGCGCCCACAAGUAGUGCCUAUAUCACCGCACUGGUGCUCCCAGAAGAAGAAAUCUCUCAAGUGGGAUACGAGAGAGCAUUUGGUGGCGGUCCGACAGGCCGAAUGAGAGCGCUUGUCGGCCGGACUUUCCCUGCGUCGGCAACAAAUGUUGAAUAUCGCUUUCGGCCUUUCAACAUAUUAUCUGUCUCAAUGGACAUAAUCAAACCUAUGUGGCCAUUUGGAAAAUACAGAUCGGAUAUCGCAAGGAAGGCCAGUAAGCCCGGCAACAUCUCUGCUGUAUGGAUCGCAUCGGCCUCACUACUCAAACCGUAUCAAGUCUGCGAUACGACGCCUAUUGAGCACAAACUCAGAAUAAGCCCAGAGUCAACAGCCGUUGUCGAAUGUAUCAUUGGUGGUGUGAAACAAGGCAGUAAACUAAAAUCAAUGUCUCUACGGGGGGCAUCCGUCCUUUCCAGAGUCAAGAUGUGGUCAUUAGUCCACGAAAUUUGCACAGAACUCAGAGGUGAAGCUUCUAGUUGGCAAGAUAUACUUGACUCAAAGAGCUAUAGCGACUUUAAAAAAGGAAAGAGUGAUGCCGAAGCUGGAUUACCUUGGUUAAUAGCCCGGUCGUUGGCCGCAAAAGAAGCAAAACAUGCGCUCAAGCCAUGGAUUCCUAACCACGGAGAUGAAGAAUGGUACAACAGCUCUGCCAACCGACCGGACAACGACCAAAAAGCCCCUUCUGCUUCCGAUUACGAAGAUGACGAUCCGCAUAUUGAAAGAUAUAAACGACACGAAGCUCGAAUACAGAAGCUCGACGUCGACGCCCUAGGAAAACCCGGUCAGAUCGUUGUUGUUCCGCUCAAAAGACCGAGACGCCCAAGGAUCAAGCGGCAAAAUGAUCGAAAAUCCAACGAUUCUUCUACGAAAGCCGCCUCACCUGUGUCCGCCGACUUUUUUGUUAAUAACACGAGCAAAGAAAAUGACAGCAACGAUUAUAUCGCUUACCUCGAGGAACUCCGCCCGUCGUAUUCGCCCGGUGACACCGUAUCGAGAGAAGAAUAUAUCGGGCUUCUAGCCAAGAUUGAAACGGCAUUCACGUUAAACCAGCUGUCGAAAUACUAUUAUAGUUUUCCACAACGUCCCAUGCCAACAUCGUCUAAGGAAGACAUUGAAGUCGAUCCAAACAACAACAACAACAACAACAACAACGCGAAUAAUGACGACGAACAGUGGCAGGCCAUUGCAAGUCAUGAGACGGUACCGGAGGAGGAUAAUACACCAUCAAGCAAAAUGGACUCAAAGUCUCAGAAAGGCAAAAAGGCGAAUAAACUUAGAAAGGACAUAUUGACAGAGCGCAUUAUUCGAGACUGUUGGCAGCUCGAAGUACAUGACGAAAUGGGCAGCUUGAAAGUAAAUAUUCCAUCACAGGUCAUAUCUGUCAUCUUGUCAUCGGAACAAUAUUCUUUGGAGGAGCUGGCGCAUUCUCAUGGCACAAAGAUUGAACCGUUCGGCUCGUUGAAUUUCAUUCGUGUCUCGGGUAAUCGCAGUGCCUGUGAAUCGGUUCGAGAGAUUGUCAAGGCAUACAGUGCAGAAAUUCACACGGAGUCAUUCGAGCAGCCGCUCCUCAAUGAUAAAGCCUGGUUGAUUGACGGCAAAGAGGCAAAGGGCAGGUUCUUGGAGUCAAUAGCGCAGACUCUCGGCAUAUACAUAAAUGAUCCAGGUCGAAGUUCGGUUGCCUCUGCGGCUUAUACUGCAAAGGACGAGGAUUUUGUUCGCUUGAAGCGGGACUUGGAAUUCGCAAACUCUGCGCAAUCUGCAAAUGAACAGGUUCCUUUCUGUGCUGAUGUGCCGUCAAGCGCCAGUGGUUUCAUGAAACAGAUCUCAACGAAGCGUAGACAAGUCAUGUCCCUACUAGAAAGAGAAAAGCCGUGGUCGAGAUGGGCUAUACCGACAUCAAUUCAAGACUACAACGAGAAUUCACUACCACCGUUAUUCAGCCAACAUAAACCUACCUUUUCGUCAGAAAUUCUUCAGGUGCUGAGAGAAAAAUCGACCAAAACGGGCCAACAUGGCCUUGAGGAGAAAUUGUCCGCAACAAUUGGACAAUGCCUCUUCCGAACCCCUAGUAGCUUGGACAGCCUGACUAAAAUCCACGCUACUCAACUAGGAGAAAACUCCUUUCCUCGUUAUUUUCACGGAUGGCUUCAUCCAAAGGGCGAGUCUCUCGUGAGAACCCGCCGAAUAUUUCCAGGGGAUAGGACGCAGAUCAGACUGCAUCGAUUCAGAAUGACUCCGUGCGAUCCAAAUGAUAGCAAGCUACCUAUUCUCGAGGUCGAGAUUUCAGUUCCCUGGGUUAACGCUCCGGAAGCCAAGUUCCCAUUUGCCGGACCAGAGCUUUUGAGUGUCAAGGUUAUCGUGGAAGAGACUAGUAUAGACUACCUUCUACCCGAGAUCAACUACGAUAUCCGUUUCACGCGAGCACUUAGCCGCGAAGUAUUUGCAGUGAAUGGGACUGAACAGCCCGAGGCUUUGCGUGACGCACUUUUAUCUUCUUUGAACAAGGUGCUCAUCGACCCGAAGCAGCCGUUUCCACCCAGCUGUCAGGUACCAGUUCCGGCAAAGCCGUUACAUGACAUUCUACCUGAUGAGGCGCAGAACUCUUCCGAGUUUGCUGACACGAUAGAAGGAAAGUAUUGGUUUCCCGGCGUGCAGCAAGCCCUAGGAACCAUGGUACGAACGUACGAGUAUUCCGGCGAGAGACUCUGCUACAGCCCUAAUGUCAAGGGUUCUCUAGACUCGAAAAGUGACCAGCUCAAUCUUGAGAUGUUUGUCAACAGCAUGCCUUCGUAUUAUACACGAUUGCAGCGUCGCAAUAAUGUCGAUGAAACGCUUGAUCCUGCAAGUGAUACUGUGGAGCAGGAAUUCCGUGCCUUCUAUAUGACGGCUUGUCAGCUGGCGAUAGAAUUGACGCAACACAGUUCGCGAAGAAGUCGGGCUGAUGAAGGACACUUCUAUUGA